AUGAAUAACGUUCCUAAACUAAGCGGAUGUACUUUGAUCAGGAAUAGUCUUGUUACAUCGGUUGGUUGUGAAUGUAUAGAUGAUAUACUUGGAGGUGGUUUGCCAGUUUCUGCUAUUUACCUCAUUGACGGACCAAAUGCGCGAACUUAUGCAUCCACACUUCUUAAGUACUUUGUUGCUGAAGGAGUAUAUUGUAAUCACGAGCUUUUGAUUGGUUCUCCUUUGGUUCAACGAAAUGUUACUUUGGCAAAACUGCCUUCGAGAGUUGAGAACGACACUGAGCAGCAAAAUAGCAAGCACUGGAAUGAAAUAGCAGAGGAUACUUUGAAAAUCGCAUGGAGAUACUCCAACGCUCCCAGGUCCUCAGCAGGUUCUUCCAUUGGAAAAAAACGCAUUUAUGACCUUUCGAAACCAAUGAGUGCAGACCUGCUUGAUCAUUGCUACAUUUCUUAUUAUCCUUUCGAAGAUUUUCCAUCACCUACUUAUCAAGGUUUAUGGUCUGUUGUUAAGGAGGAGUUGCGUAAUUCAAGGCACAAUUUCGGGUCUCCCUUAUGGGAAGGCGAAAACGCUCUGAAGUUCUUGGCUUGUUUGAGGUCUUUAGUCACGGAAUCUCUGGCCGUUGCUAUGAUUUUAAUAGACUCUGACGGGCUUACUUCCGAUAUCCAGGAGAAAUUUUAUUCUUAUUGUGAUGCUGUGUUUCGUUUGGAAGUGCUCGAAGAAGAGAGGAUGGUAGCUGUUGACGAGGAAAAGUUUGACGGCUAUUUUCGUAUAGUGAAAUUGCCAACAACAUCAUCCAUUGCCGCUCAUCCCGUAAAAGACACAGAUCUGGUUUUUGAAGUCCACCGAAAGUAUUUUGAGAUUAGGGUUCACCAUCUACCACCUCAGUUCUUAAACAAGGGAAAUGGACAAUGUAAAUCAUUAUGUGAUUCCGUGUCCGAUGAAUUUUAA